AUGAAUAUUCAAGCACCUUUGUCUUGUCUUGUGACGUUUGUUUCCGCUUGUACAUGCUCUUCAUUCCACGCCUUUGUCUUACACGUACACUAUCAGAUCAGUCUUACCUUACAUGUGAAAGCUAUUCCGCCCACAUAUUUGCCAACCUGUAAAUCCCCAUGA